AAAACUGUCGCUUACGUCACAAGCGACGAUGUGCGAUUCAUAAUUUUGGCGAACGUAUGUCUUAUGGGAUUGGGCAAUCCUAUUAGGUUUACGAUUCUUGUUAUAAACCGAUCUUUAUUGUAUGUGUGAAAUGUCAAAGUGAAUAGCGAUAAAAAUCAGCAUAACCUCAAAUAAUGUUUCGACAAUAUGAAAACAAUAUUUCUAAGUAUCUUAGUAUCAAGUAUAUUAUGCGGGGGAACCACUGAAACAGUAACUUUUGAGGACUGCAGCAAGUUGAAAAUGGGUCAGUUUUUGUGUCCAGAUCCUUCUGUUAAUGAUUUAGUAGAUCCAAAAACUCAGCAGAUUCGUGGUUGUACUAAGGAGAAUAAAGGAAAACUCCCUUGCAUAGCAGUCGAAGGUAUUGUAUGUUCGGAAUCGCAAAACAGAACAUUUACUAAAGAAGUUAAUUGUAAGUGGACGAAUGGAUAUUCUUACGAAACUGCUCUGCUGCUUUCAGUAUUUUUGGGAAUGUUCGGAAUAGACAGGUUUUAUCUGGGAUACCACGCUAUAGGUUUAGCCAAAUUGUGUACCCUCGGAUUCAUGUUCUUAGGUCAUCUCGUAGAUAUUAUAUUGAUAGCUACUCAGGUGGUCGGACCCUCUGACGGGUCGGCAUAUGUAAUUCCAUAUUACGGUCCUGUGAUAGAAGUGAUAAGAAGCAACAAUGAAACUUAUAGGUUAAAACAAGAUGACUGGUAAUAUAAACUUAUUAAUUAGUAAACUCAAAUGAUUUUUUUUGUAAAUUAACCAUUUUUGCAACAAAUUGUUAAGUGUAUAAUUAAAAAAAGUGUAAUAAAAAUAAGA